AUGUCAAUCAUUCCAGUAAUCCACGAUCAUCGUGCAGAAAGAAAGAGGAAGGGCCGCAACUUGAAAGCUCGGGGCGGGGAACGGGAAUCGAUGGACAACGAAAAGGUUGAAAAUGGGUCGGGCAAUAGACCCCGGGGCGAACCGGACCCCCCGAAACCUACAGUUACAAUGACCAUAUGGGUGGAUGUGAAAUCUGGUACAACUUAUACCCGAGAUCCUAGUCUGAGUUCUACUACACCUGGUCUUCAAUCCCCACCACAAAUACCAGCGAUACUUAGGACAUCGUCUUCCUCACUUUCUACCACCACUAACAGCCCGACUACCCCAGAUCAAGGGAAUAACGCACCUCCCCUUUUAGCUACAGCACCACCGACACUGUUGACUGGUUUGACUACUGGGGUGGCUGCGAGUACUCCAUCUUUAGCACCUGCUGCUACUAACUUGGCCCGAACAUCUUCUAAUCCAUCGUCUUCAUCAUCAUCAAUGCCAGCCUACCCUCCUGUCCCUGCCGCCAGCGAACUUGCCCGGCCAGAUAGUGGCAAUGCCCAAGAGGAGGUGACUAAACCCUCAGCUACAGCUGGAGCAUCCACUACCAGCGGCCCCACGAUCACGACUGGGGUGGAAGCAGUCAUAAUUUCCGUUUCGGUGGUGUUGGCGUUCGGAGCUCUGAUAUUUCUCACCUGGCAUUUUGUCUACAAGAAGAGUAAAAAUCGUAAGAUAGCCGCCGACUUGGCAAGCCGUGGGGCACCGUCGGGCGAGAAUCCCCCUAUUGGAGGAGGGCCCCAGAUGUCCUCAUUGCCGUCAGCUACAGGACCUUCUUUCCCGGCUUAUCUCCCGCCGAGAAUGCCGGAGCGAACAGUCCAAAACGACAACCCAUUCGUUGAUCCAAGCAACCCCUUCGCAGACCCGACGAGGAAAUCAACACUGACGAACAACGCCAUCGAGCGCGAAGAGAGGCUGGGAUAUGUCCGGCCAGAACUUCUUGCACCGCGGGAAAUGCACGGAGGGCUCAUGCGCUCAGCGACCCGGCAGCAAGGCAUCGACAUGCAGCCGAACGGAAACCACAUCCGCUCAGCCAGCGGCAACGAAGGAUCCGGGUACGGCGACGCAGACUCGUCCUCAAACGCAAACACAAAUGUAAACGAACAUCUACCUGCAAGCAGAGCCUAUCCGAACGCCCAACUGCCAGUCAUGCCAGACGAGCGGUGGAACCAACCGCUGGACACCAGGUUUGCCCAGGCGACUUAUUCGGCAGAGCCGGAGCCGGAGCCGGAGACUCAAGCGAGAUACCAGACUCAGAGUCAGUGGGUUAAUGACCAGACGUACAGGGGCCAAGACAACAGAUUUUAA